AUGCUUUCGGCCGCCGAGUGCGCCUCGUAUCUCAAGCCUUCCCUGGCACGCUCGUUUCGCCGUAACUCAAGCGAGACUGUGUCGAAGAGAAAAGCCGACAUACUGGCAUACCAGAUUUCAUCGCUCGUCCUUGGUUACAGGACAGCCUGUCUCGUCGACUGUUUCGGCGGUGACAAGGACGAAUUCUCCUGCCUGAGGAGUGUACUUCAUGGCUUUGCCAACGGAUAUGAUAGCAUUUUCCCAGGGUCUAUUCCUGAUGAGGUGCUUGUUGAUGGCCUCAAGUCUCUUUUCUUUGUCUGUCAUGCUCCCACAGGCCAGAUCUUCAUCGUGGACAGGCGCAGAUUUUUGCGGAGAAUGGACAGGGCGAUGGAAGAGACAGAGUACUUCGUCAAGUCGGAGAGGCCAGCCUAUCUCUCGGCACUGCUCGAAGCCAUCCGUGACAAUUGCAAGCCCAAAGCGUUAACGACGGCCCCCGGAAGCAGACCCACGCAGGAUGUCCUUCUUGACAGUGGGCCGCCCUCUGGAAGUGUUGCGAACGGUGAAAUCGAUGUUGACGAGCUGAGCCGCCAUGCAACAGAAGGAAUCGCACUCGCUGGCUGGCUACUCGACUAUGAAGUGAUCUAUUACUACGAACAAUCCCAACCCAAUCAACAUCAAACCUACAGCUGCUCGGUCGACGAUGGAUUCGCGCUUGACCUCGGCUCUUUUUGGCCGGAGGCGCUGGUCAAUAACUUGGAAGGCGUGCCUCUUCUUCUCGUUCAAGUGGAUCUUGUCGGUCUCGAUGGGUUGAAGCGACGCAAUCUCUACGCCUUCACCAUCCCUCAACAAUGUGUGUUGGAAAUCUUUGGCUCGGAGAAGGAAGUCAUCGAAAAUGUGAAGCUGUCUGUCGAGCGAAGGCUUCAAGGUCGUGACCGAUUCGACAUCGUCGCGUCAGUCACAACACAAGAUCGGGUCGCACUGUAA